AUGAACAUUCAACAACUCAUUUUUUUAGUUAAACUUGCCCUAUUUUUCUUCAUUAUAGUAAUCGCUACUGUUCAUGGCUACUUAACGUGGCUUAGCUCUACUUCCGCUUCCAUUCUAUUAGCUGAUCUUCUUUCAGUACUUCUCCACCGCUACUCCCUUUAUAUCUCUCGUCUUUAUCAUUUCUUCCACCUUGAAAAUCCUAGACGAAAACGCCGUCAUUCUGAUAUCCUAGCGCCAUUAGUAGCGGUAUUCGUAGCGCCACUGUUUAGCCACAAAUUAUUUGACGACAUAAAUGUGACUGCUUGUAUGGUGGUAUCAACUACGUUUUACCCUCCAAUGAUGCAUUACUUUGGUAGACCUAGAAAUUUUCGGGUAUUGAAUGUGUUAUUUAUGCUUUCUGUUAAUAUUUCUUAUGGGGAAUUUGGAUUUGGGCCUAAUACUUGUGCAUCUGUUGCUUUUUUCACUUACAUUGCUGUGUUGGCGGGGCAAGCAGAGGCAGGUGCAGCUUAUGAGGAUGAUCUUCACCAUUUGACAUUGAAUCAGGUUAUGUCGAAUUUGAUGAUAGAAGGGAACACGGCCGCCGCGGGUGGUUGUUACCUAUUUACAGCUGUAACAGAGAUGAAGAUCAGAAUAGAUGAAAGGUAGCUUCAUGUUUAUACAAACUGUAUCAAGCUUUUCAUUUUCAA